UACUGUACGACUAUUGUAGACAUAAUGGCAAUGAAUUAGUGUUUUAUGUCAACAAAAAAAACAUUUGUUUCAGACAUUGUUCUCCAUUUUAUAGCAAACAAGUGUUGCAUCAGAUCUGUAGUCAAGUCUUAACCAUUGAUYGUCUUUAAAGUCAUUUGUUUUAAUCACUUGAAUACUAUUGCAGUGAUAUAUUAACGUAAUGGCACGAAGAGGUCGAUCAUCUCCGUCACCAACUCGUCGUUCUGCUCCUCAGCCAUCACGAGCGGCACCUCCUGUCCAACAGAGAGCACCGGCACCCGUACCGCAACAGCCAACAGCUGUAGCUUCACCAGCACCUCAAGGUCCGGGCCUUUUGGGACAAAUGGCUGCCACUGCUGGUGGUGUUGCCAUWGGUUCAGCUGUUGGACACACCAUUGGUCACGCACUUACCGGUGGAUUUGGUGGUGGCUCUGAUGCUCCGCAACCGGCACCACAACAACAGCAAUAUGACAAUCAAUAUCAAGAGCCAACUGGUCAGCCAAAUGCCUGUCAGUUCGAGUUAAAGCAGUUCCUCGAUUGCACCCAAAGCUAUGACCUCACUCUUUGCGAGGGAUUCAAUGAGGCUCUCAAACAGUGCCGACAAACCAAUCCUCAGAUCAGGCUUUGAGACCAUAUCAUAGACAUUGCAGUUAUGGUUAUCACAACAAUUGCCUAUUGAUCUACUAAUUCAAUAGAAGAUUAUAGAGUAAUAAUAAUAUUAUUAUAAAAUAUGUUAAUUAAAUAUAUUGUCAACAUUUA